CCGUGACACCGCCCAGCGUCACGGUGAUCACGCCGUCUAGCGGUUUGUCAGUGCUUUGCAGCAGGACAGAAAGUAAAAGAUGGCGUUCUACAAAGGCGCAGCGAGCGAGGGCAGCCGGGCCAUGCGGCUCCUCAAGCAGCGGGAGAAGAAACAGGAGGAGAUCGAGAGAAAGAAGAAGGAGAUAGAAGAGAGUGAAGCCCAGCGGGUUGCCAAGGUUACGCACAUCAACGCCAAGUUCUCCUCCCACUACGAUGCCGUGGAGGCGCAGCUCAAGUCCGAGACAGUCGGCCUGGUGACCCUGAAUGAGAUGAAAACAAAGCAGGAGAUUCUAGUGAAGGAGAGAGAAAAAGACUUGGCCAAGAAAAGAGCAGAAGUGUGAG